AUGCACCCGAUGUCUUCUGGCUCUCCUAUUGCAAUCCUUGCGACGCACACAGUGCAAGGUGCAAAUAACAACAAUGCGAAGCUUGCAAGCACUUUCAAGAUUGGGCCCUUCGAUCACUUGCUGCCACCCUCUGCUGUAAUCGCAGUCGUCUUUGUGUGGAGGCGGCCCUUGGACAGCAAGGCCGCUACUUCUGACCCGAUCAUUUCGUUUAACCUUUUGCAAAUGGCCCUUUCCCGGUUACUGGACUUUUAUCCACACCUCACAGGUCGUGUGCAUAUCAAUGACGAGGAUGGGAGUCCUGAAAUUAAUCGAUUGGGCGCAGGUGUAGAAUUAAGUGAAGCGCUCUGCGAAACUGCACUGCCCUCAGAAGCCACAGAAUUCUCUCGCGGGGGCUUCCCAGACCAGGGGAAUCUACUCCUUCCACAAAGGAUUGGUUCGCACAAUGAUUUCUCUCAGCAGCCAAUUUUGAGUAUUCAACAUACACGCUUUGGGUGUGGAUCUGUCUCACUCGGUGUGUGUAUAAGCCACACCGUCUGCGAUGCUCAUGGGUUUGUCCAGUUGAUGGAAGAUCUUUCAGAAAUUUACCGCGGAUUUCGAAGAUCAGGACAUACAGACAUCUCGCCAAAGAGCGUACAGCUAGACAAAAUACCUUGCAUCACUUCCCACCUGUCCGAUGUUUCUUUAAGCUCGCAGGAAGUCCAGAAAGCAUUGAGCGUCGAGCCUGCUGAUUAUCAGAUUGAAAAAAUCCCAACGGUGAUGAGCUUCACGUCAGACAAACAUGUCACUGGAAAGGUGCUAUAUUUUGGCCCAGCUGAGCUGAAGGCCUUAAAACAUGCCGCAAGUCCUUCUCUACAAGGUCAUUGGAUCUCGACUUUCGAAGCAAUUUCAGCACACCUCUGGCUGAGUGUCCAGCGAGCAAGGUCUCAUUAUCAAAGCUUAAACAAUACCGCGUUUGACAACAGAGAGACUGCGGACCUUCUUACAUCACUUGAUUGGAGAGAGUCGACACGCCUCAACCUUCCACCGAGAUACUUCCCGAACGCUGUAUCCGAGCCUUUUAUCACGUUGCCUCUAAAGGAUCUUUCCCACGAGGCGUUGCCGGAAACGGCAAGCAUUAUACAUGAGGUUUUGCGUGCAAGAACGCCCAAGGAUCAGAAUGAAACCUUAUCGUGGGUCAUGGCACAGCCCAAAAAGGAUCACAUAAAUUUACGGUGUCGAUUCAACGACAGAAGCUUCAUUAUCAGCCAAUGGAGCAAGCUUAAUAUGUACGCGGUCCAUUUUGAGACGGACAGUAAGGGAUACUCUAUACUCCCAGAGCGGGUAUGGCCCCCUUUCACGGAGACCUCGUUAGUCGAUGGGCUUGCCUACUUUCUCCCAACGGGAAGAGAUCUAAGCGAUGAUACCGACGGGCUUGGAAUAGAAAUCGCGUUAUCUCUUCACGAGCCCAUUUGGGACAUUCUUGAAAAAGAUGUGUGUUUUAGAAAAUUUCGCAGAUAA